AUGAGCACAGAUGCGGAGAUGGAGCAGUAUGGCCCGGCGGCCGUCUUCCUCCGGAAGCCAGAGAGGGAGAGGAUUGAGGCACAAACAGCUCCUUUCGAUGCAAAGACAGCUUACUUUGUGGUUGAUGUUGAGGAGAUGUACCUUAAGGGUAAACUUGUCAAGAAAGAGGGGGGCAAAGCCACAGUUGACACAGACAGUGGUAAGGUAGGUGAUCCAUGUUGAAGAUGUCUGUCUAAGACCAGAAGAGUGACUUUUUGUUCAUCAUUUACAGGAACUAUGAAUUAAAAUUGGUUGAUGCAUGUCUCAUACAGAGUCUUACCGUAAAAGAGGAUGACAUCCAUCCCAGAAACCCUCCCAAGUAUGACAAAAUUGAGGACAUGGCCAUGAUGACCCACCUCAAUGAGCCUUGUGUGCUGUAUAACCUCAAAGAGCGUUAUGCAUCAUGGAUGAUCUACGUAAGUUUUCUGAAUAAUCCACUCGAUGAAUCCAAGUAUUUACAUGAAUUUGACCAUAAUCAUAUGUUAACAUUAUGUUUGUACUCUACAGACCUACUCUGGGUUGUUCUGUGUCGUCGUGAAUCCCUACAAGUGGCUUCCAGUGUACGAUAGUCAGGUUGUUGGGGCAUACAGAGGCAAGAAGAGGAUUGAGGCUCCACCCCACAUCUUCUCCAUCUCUGACAAUGCCUAUCAGUUCAUGCUCACUGGUAAGAACAACACCAUUUGAAUUGAAGUUUGUGUCAAUGGAAGUAAAGAUUUAGGUGAGAUAACCAAAAGAACCAUUUAAAGGUUACUCACACAAAGUGCAUAUGUUUGUUCUUUAGAUCGUGAGAACCAGUCUGUCCUGAUUACGUGAGUACAAAAGAAGCUGUGCUGCUUUAUUUCUAUAAACUUAAUCAUAAUGUGGCAGAACGUAAAUUAUUUGUCUCUUCUUAACCAGUGGAGAAUCCGGUGCCGGAAAGACUGUCAACACCAAGCGUGUCAUCCAGUACUUUGCAACAAUUGCAGUCGCUGGAGCUGGAUCUAAGAAGGCCGAGCCUGUAGCUGGUAAAAUGCAGGUAAAAACCAUCACAAACAGAAGAUAAUAAUAAUCAUAAACAAACAGCAACAUGCAUCUUAAAAUAUUGCUGCAGGGUUCCCUGGAGGAUCAGAUUAUUGCAGCCAACCCUCUGCUGGAGGCUUAUGGUAAUGCCAAGACUGUGAGGAAUGACAACUCCUCUCGUUUUGUAAGUCUUUUAAUGGAAACGCACAUGCAUAAGAUCAGUAAUGACUUUACUACAACUAUGUCUAUAAAAACUCAAAACUUAUUUCCUUAGGGUAAAUUCAUCAGAAUUCACUUUGGGACCUCAGGCAAACUUGCUUCAGCUGACAUUGAAACAUGUGAGUAAUUUCUCUGUUAUCUCAGUCACCAAUCUUUGAAUGUAAACUUGUAUUAGAGAAGAAGUUUAAGAAACAUUUGCUGACACAUUGUAAACGGGACUUAAUUUGUUGUUCUAAGAUCUGCUGGAGAAGUCCCGUGUAACCUUCCAGUUGUCUGCUGAGAGGAGCUACCAUAUCUUCUACCAGCUGAUGACAGGCCACAAGCCCGAGCUCCUGGGUAUGUUUAAUAGAUGAUAUCAGACAUACUUAAAAGAAUAUCACCAGAAAACUUCAUGUGCUGUGUUUCUUGAUUUUCAGAGGCCCUUCUGAUCACCACCAACCCCUAUGACUACCCAAUGAUCAGCCAGGGUGAAAUCACUGUCAAAAGCAUUGAUGAUAUUGAGGAGUUCGUUGCUACUGAUGUAAGACUACUAUCUAGUAAUAUAGAUGAUAUACAGAGGAAAAGGUUUUAGAUACCAAUCACUUUUCUUUCUACACAUUGCAGACUGCUAUUGAUAUUUUGGGCUUCACUGCUGAAGAGAAAAAUGGUAUCUACAAGCUGACUGGCGCUGUGAUGCAUCAUGGCAACAUGAAAUUCAAGCAGAAGCAGCGCGAGGAGCAGGCUGAGCCUGAUGGCACUGAGGGUAAUUGCAACAAUAAUGCAUUGUGAUCAUGUAAGUAUCCUGAUACGUAGAGUUUGCUUACACAAGGUAAUGUGUAUUUUUUGUGCUUGUUCAUUUCUCUAUCAGUGGCUGAUAAAAUCGCCUACCUCUUGGGUCUGAACUCAGCUGAUAUGCUGAAGGCUCUGUGCUACCCAAGAGUCAAGGUCGGAAAUGAGAUGGUGACCAAAGGUCAGACCGUCCCACAGGUAAUGAAAAAAUGAAAUCAAGAACAAAUAUACCAUUAUUCAUUCAAGGUUGUAUUUUCUCUUAUUAAUUGUGUAUCUUUUCCUUAUUUCAAGGUCAACAAUUCUGUCAGUGCACUGUGCAAGUCUGUCUAUGAGAAAAUGUUCUUGUGGAUGGUCAUCCGUAUCAAUGAGAUGCUGGACACAAAGCAGCCAAGACAGUUCUUCAUUGGCGUCUUGGAUAUUGCUGGUUUUGAGAUCUUUGAUGUGAGUGGUAAAAAAAUAUGAAAACAAUAUGAAAUCUUGGUUUUAAGAUGCCGUAUAAUCAAAUGUCUCUUUGUGAUACAGUUCAACAGCUUGGAGCAGCUCUGCAUCAACUUCACCAAUGAGAAACUGCAACAGUUCUUCAACCACCACAUGUUCGUCCUGGAGCAAGAGGAGUACAAGAAGGAGGGUAUUGAUUGGGAGUUCAUUGACUUCGGUAUGGACUUGGCUGCCUGCAUUGAGCUUAUUGAGAAGGUUAGUGAUUUGUCCAGCAGUCCUGAUUCAUAAUUAACAGACAGAUGUCCACUCACCUUGAUUAUUAUUUACAGUGAAAAUAAACAGUUGACUCAACUUCCUUUCAGCCAAUGGGCAUCUUCUCCAUCCUUGAAGAGGAGUGCAUGUUCCCCAAGGCCUCUGACACAACUUUCAAGAACAAGCUGCAUGAUCAGCAUCUUGGCAAGACCAAGGCCUUUGAGAAACCAAAGCCUGGAAAGGGCAAAGCUGAGGCUCACUUCGCCCUGGUUCACUAUGCCGGCACAGUGGAAUACAAUAUUGUUGGCUGGCUGGACAAGAACAAGGACCCCCUGAACGACUCUGUUGUUCAGCUCUACCAGAAGUCUGCCAACAAACUGUUGGCCAUGCUUUAUGCAACCCACGGUGGAGAAGGUAAGAUUGCAUAACUGUUGAAAAUAAAAGUAAUCUAGUCAUUUAUAUGGUCAUUUAUAACAAAAAGAUUUUGGAUAUGGAUGAUGAGUACAAGAAAAGGUAAUUUAGUGGUAUUUUUGUAGUUUCAUCCAAAACAGAAACCUCUAGUUAGAAUUCAAAAGAUAACUGAGUAAGGGAUGAUAGCUUCUUCCCAAACUUGCUUAACAUUAUCUAAUUCCAAGACAGGAACAUGGAUGCAUUCACCAGAAAAUCAGUAAACCAGUAAAAUCAUGUUAUCAUGUAAAAUCAUGUGAAUUCUUUCUUUUGCUCUCAAACAGAGGCUGCUGGUGCCAAAAAGGGUGGUAAGAAGAAGGGUGGCUCCUUCCAGACUGUGUCUGCUCUCUUCAGGGUAAUUACUGCUUCAUGUCAAAAGAAAACAAUAGUAAAAUGAAAAGCCUCGUGUUGACAUAAAGUUCAUAUUUAUUUCUGUCAUACUGAUAACCAGGAGAACUUGGGCAAGCUGAUGACCAACCUGAGGAGCACUCACCCUCACUUUGUGCGCUGCUUGAUUCCCAAUGAAACUAAGACUCCAGGUAAGCCCAUAGUGCUGCCAUUCUAUUCUAUUUUGAGAAUGACACACACUAAAGCUGUGAUCUUUGAAUGAUAUGAAUAUAUAUCUUUUAGGUCUUAUGGAGAACCACCUGGUCAUCCACCAGCUGAGGUGUAACGGUGUGCUGGAGGGCAUCAGAAUUUGCAGAAAGGGCUUCCCCAGCAGAAUCCUCUAUGGUGACUUCAAGCAGAGGUAACUUUUCGGGGUAGAAUCAUGAGGUUGAGAAAUGGCAAAGGUGGAAAGUUAAUAUAUUAAAAAUUGUGUUUUUCAAUCUUAUAGAUACAAAGUACUGAAUGCCAGUGUCAUCCCUGAGGGUCAGUUCAUUGACAACAAGAAAGCUUCUGAGAAGCUGCUGGGCUCCAUCGAUGUGGACCACACUCAGUACAAGUUUGGACACACUAAGGUUCGUUUUCAUGGACAAUGAUAUUUCACUAGCUGUGGUAUAGUAUAUGCUGUUGCUUAUAUCUUCACUAAUAACACAACACAGGUGUUCUUCAAAGCCGGUCUGCUGGGUACCCUGGAGGAGAUGAGAGAUGACAAACUGGCUACGCUGGUGACCAUGACUCAGGCUCUCUGCAGAGGAUAUGUCAUGAGGAAGGAGUUUGUGAAGAUGAUGGAGAGGAGGUAGGCUUUUUAGGGGCACACUUACUCAAACUGCCAAAUUAUUUGCAGGUAUUUUUCAACUGCAGUCAUGUUAAAGAAUUGGCACUUUUCCCUUUUUGCAGAGAAUCUAUCUACUCCAUCCAGUACAACAUCAGAUCCUUCAUGAAUGUGAAGAAUUGGCCAUGGUUGAAACUCUACUUCAAGAUCAAGCCUCUCCUGAAGAGUGCUGAGACUGAGAAAGAGCUGCAGCAGAUGAAGGAAAACUAUGACAAAAUGAAGUCAGACCUGGCUACUGCCCUGGCCAAGAAGAAGGAACUUGAGGAAAAGAUGGUUGCCAUGCUGCAGGAGAAGAAUGACCUGCAACUGCAAGUAGCAGCUGUGAGUACAAAAACAGCCAUUGCACUUUUUUAACAUAUAGAUUUAGUUCUUUGGUACUAUUUUAAAAUAUGUAUGUAAUUUUAAUUUCCUAAAAUUAUUCAAGAAAAUUUACAAAACCAAUAAUAAAAACAAAUUCUAUCUAAAAGUCUAAAUUAAAUGAAUAUAACAAUCUCAAAAUGUACUAUAGGAAGUUGAGAACCUCUCUGAUGCUGAGGAAAGGUGUGAGGGACUCAUCAAGAGCAAGAUCCAGCUCGAGGCCAAACUCAAAGAGACAAGUGAGAGACUGGAGGAUGAAGAGGAAAUCAAUGCUGAGCUGACUGCCAAGAAGAGGAAACUGGAGGAUGAAUGCUCUGAGCUCAAGAAAGACAUUGAUGACUUGGAGCUCACCUUGGCCAAAGUGGAGAAGGAGAAACACGCCACAGAAAACAAGGUUCACAUUUUUUGAGUACAUCCUGGUCAAAAAAUAUAAUCAUACCAUCAAUAAAAGGAAGGAAAUAGAAUGUUUUUAAAAAAUGCAUACUUUUCUUCCUUGUUAAGGUGAAAAACCUGACAGAGGAGAUGGCAUCUCAGGAUGAGUCUCUUGCCAAGUUAACAAAGGAGAAGAAAGCCCUCCAAGAGAGCCACCAGCAAACCCUGGAUGAUCUCCAGGCAGAGGAGGACAAAGUCAACACUCUGACCAAAGCCAAGACCAAGCUGGAACAGCAAGUGGACGAUGUAAGACAGUAACUGCUUUUAUGGUUUGACCCCUUAUAACAUGAAUGACUCUUGGCAUUAUUAUCUCUCUUAAGAUAAACUUCAGUUAAUUUUCUUAAUUCUAAUUUGAUAGCUUGAAGGAUCUCUGGAACAAGAGAAGAAGCUCCGCAUGGACCUUGAGAGGUCAAAGAGGAAGCUUGAGGGAGAUCUGAAACUGGCCCAGGAAUCCAUAAUGGAUCUGGAAAAUGACAAACAGCAAUCUGAUGAGAAAAUCAAGAAGUAAUUUUGUUGAAUUAAAUGCAAAGUUUACUUUUUCCAUGAUGAGUUACAGUGAUCUUGACUACUGUCAUCUUGGGGUAUAAUGCUAAAAAAUUCCUGUUGUCUUGUACAGGAAGGAGUUUGAGACCAGCCAGCUCCUCAGCAAGAUUGAGGAUGAACAGUCCCUUGGUGCCCAGCUCCAGAAAAAGAUCAAGGAGCUCCAGGUACAUCUUUGACUUACACAGUGGACCCAGGAUGAUAUAUACAAUACAUUACUUUCCAUUUAGUAAGCCUCUUUGAUAUAUUGUCAUCAACAACUAGGCUCGUAUUGAGGAGCUGGAGGAAGAGAUCGAGGCUGAGAGAGCUGCUCGGGCUAAGGUGGAGAAGCAGAGGGCUGAUCUCUCCAGGGAGCUUGAGGAGAUCAGCGAGAGGCUUGAGGAAGCUGGUGGAGCAACAGCUGCUCAGAUUGAGAUGAACAAGAAGCGUGAGGCUGAGUUCCAGAAGCUGCGUCGUGAUCUUGAAGAGUCCACCCUUCAGCAUGAAGCUACCGCUGCAGCUCUGCGCAAGAAGCAGGCUGACAGUGUUGCAGAGCUGGGAGAGCAGAUCGACAAUCUCCAGCGUGUCAAACAGAAGCUGGAGAAAGAGAAGAGCGAGUACAAGAUGGAGAUUGACGACCUCUCCAGCAACAUGGAGGGUGUUGCUAAAGCCAAGGUGUGGAUUUUGUUUGGGGCAAGGCUAUGUCCAUCAAAUAAUAAGAACAGUACAUUCUGACUAAUAUACAGUAUAUAACAGCAGCUUUGUAGGAAAAAAUAUACAUUUUAAAUACUUCAUGUUCUUGUUUGGUGCAGGGCAACUUGGAAAAAAUGUGCAGAACUGUUGAGGAUCAGUUGAGUGAGCUCAAAGCCAAAAACGAUGAGAAUGUCCGCCAGCUGAAUGACAUUAGUGCACAGAAGGCCAGACUGCAGACAGAGAAUGGUGAGUUAGUGAACUAUAAUGCGACUUUGUUGGAAGAUUGUCAGUGAUGUAGACUCAUUGAUGUGUGAUGUAGACUCUUUAAAACUCACCUUUGUUCACCAAUCACAAAUAUUUUGAUAUUUUGUCAUUCAGGCGAGUAUUCAAGGCAGAUUGAGGAGAAAGAAGCUCUGGUUUCACAGCUGACAAGGGGCAAGCAGGCCUUUACUCAGCAGAUUGAGGAGCUGAAGAGGCACGUUGAGGAGGAAGUGAAGGUAUAACAAGUGACUUUACCUUAAGAAUUCACGAAUCCUGUUAAGAAUUACACAACUGUCGUUAAAAUUUGAGGAGAUAUUGCUCCCACAUGCAGCUUUCAAAGUUUUCAAUUUAUCUUCACUCAACAGGCCAAGAACGCCCUGGCCCAUGCUGUUCAGUCAGCACGCCAUGACUGUGAUCUUCUCAGAGAGCAGUAUGAGGAGGAGCAGGAGGCCAAGGCCGAGCUGCAGAGGGGAAUGUCAAAGGCCAACAGUGAGGUGGCUCAGUGGAGAUCCAAAUAUGAGACUGAUGCUAUCCAGCGCACUGAGGAGCUUGAGGAAUCAAAGUACAUCAAGCAUUUUUGACUAUUUCCCAUUAAAAAAGGAAUUUUUUAUUUUCUGUUAGUCCAUUAAACACAAACAAAACCUUAUUCAUUUCAGGAAAAAGCUUGCCCAGCGUCUGCAGGAUGCUGAGGAAUCCAUUGAGGCUGUGAACUCCAAGUGUGCCUCACUGGAGAAGACCAAGCAGAGGCUGCAGGGUGAGGUGGAGGACCUCAUGAUUGAUGUAGAGAGAGCUAAUUCUCUGGCUGCCAACCUUGACAAGAAGCAGAGGAACUUUGACAAGGUAUUAGAGUGUGAAAUUAACUUCAUACAAUGUUAGGCUAGUCCACCUCGUCCCCCAAAAUUAUGGAAGUAAUAUUUUGAAUUCAUCUGUAUCUUUCAAGGUUCUGGCAGAAUGGAAACAGAAGUAUGAGGAGGGCCAGGCAGAGCUUGAAGGAGCCCAGAAGGAGGCUCGCUCUCUCAGUACUGAACUGUUCAAGAUGAAGAACUCAUAUGAGGAGGCUCUGGAUCACCUUGAGACCAUGAAGAGAGAGAACAAGAACCUCCAGCGUAAGUCAUCCAACUACAAUUAAAAAAUGUCACUUCUCUUGCUUUUACAAACUACGCUUUAUUACCUGAAUGGUUUCAGUACUGUUGACAUUGGUGCAAGUCAUUCAUGCUUGUUUAUUACUAUUAUUAUUAUUUGCAUAUACAGUACAUAACUCUAAAAAUUAACUAUUCCCCCCUUUCACUUUAAAUUCUUAACCAAUCACCCUGUUUAAUAUUUUCCUUAAAGUGUUGUGUCACAGAAUCUAUUGUUCAUUUUUAACUAUAUGCGGUCUGUAAUUUCUCUCCAGAGGAGAUCUCUGACCUGACUGAACAGAUUGGAGACACAGGAAAGACCAUCCAUGAGCUGGAGAAAUCAAAGAAGACCACUGAGACAGAGAAGGCUGAAAUUCAGUCAGCACUGGAGGAGGCAGAGGUAAAACUUUGAUUGCAAUGUAAUCGUCUAUGAUAUAUCACACCAUCAUAUAUAGUAUAAAACCAUCUUUCAAUCAGAUUUUUUUCCUCCUUGAGUCAAUUUAGUAUUUGUGUGACUUUUGAAGGGUACACUGGAGCAUGAGGAGGCCAAGAUUCUUCGUGUUCAGCUUGAGCUUAACCAGGUCAAGGGUGAGGUUGACAGGAAGCUGUCAGAGAAAGAUGAGGAGAUGGAGCAGAUCAAGAGGAACAGCCAGAGGGUGAUGGACUCCAUGCAGAGCACUCUUGAUUCUGAGGUCAGGAGCAGGAAUGAUGCCCUGAGAGUCAAGAAGAAGAUGGAGGGUGACCUGAAUGAGAUGGAGAUUCAGCUGAGCCAUGCUAACAGGCAGGCUGCUGAGGCCCAGAAACAACUGAGGAAUGUCCAGGGACAACUCAAGGUGAGUUUUACAUCAUUUUAGGUGAAAAUUUUCAUGAGAAAUAGAAAAAAAAAACUUGGCAUAUUUAUUCUUCUAAUGUUUUCAGGAUGCCCAACUUCAUCUUGAUGAUGCUGUCAGAGGACAGGAGGACAUGAAGGAGCAGGUUGCCAUGGUGGAGCGCAGAAAUGGUCUGAUGCUGGCUGAGAUUGAGGAGCUGAGAGUUGCUCUGGAGCAGACAGAGAGAGGACGCAAAGUGGCUGAGCAGGAGUUGGUUGAUGCCAGUGAGCGUGUUGGACUGCUCCACUCUCAGGUUUACAUUUCUCUAUCAAAAAAGUUAAGCAUCUGAAUAUGCCUUGAACAAAGUUAUUGAACACUGCUGUUCUCUAUCAUUCAGAACACCAGUCUUAUCAACACCAAGAAGAAGCUGGAGUCUGAUCUGGUCCAGGUUCAGGGUGAGGUGGAUGAUUCCGUUUCAGAGGCUAGAAAUGCUGAGGAUAAAGCCAAAAAGGCUAUCACUGAUGUGAGUUUGUGUUUCAGUUACUUAUCAGUUUAAAUUCUAGUACAAAAUUUUUAACACACUAUCUAAACUAUAACUUUGUUAUUUUGACCCAUCAACUUCUCAGGCUGCCAUGAUGGCUGAGGAACUGAAGAAGGAGCAGGACACCAGUGCUCACCUGGAGAGGAUGAAGAAGAACCUGGAGGUCACUGUCAAGGACCUGCAGCACCGUCUGGAUGAGGCUGAGAACCUCGCCAUGAAGGGUGGCAAGAAGCAGCUCCAGAAACUGGAGUCCAGGGUAUGCACCUUAGGAUAAAGUGUAUUUAAAAGAUUCCCUUAUAGCUUCAACAGACUUUUAUUACCUGCAUUAAAUCCCUUGUACUAAACUUGGGUUGUUCAUUAUCACAUUAGGUGCGUGAGCUGGAAACUGAAGUUGAAGGAGAGCAGAGACGUGGUGCUGAUGCUGUGAAGGGAGUCCGCAAAUAUGAGAGGAGAGUGAAGGAGCUGACCUACCAGGUAAUUAAAUAUUAAAACAAAAUAACAUGAGUUGUAUAUAUUUGUACACAUCAUUGCUAACAAUUUGUUUUUCCAUGUAGACUGAGGAAGACAAGAAGAAUGUUCUCAGACUUCAGGAUCUGGUGGACAAACUGCAGCUCAAAGUCAAGGCUUACAAGAGACAGGCUGAGGAGGCUGUAAGUGAAUUUUUCUGUGAUCUUGUGUGGGGACUAAACAGAAAAUGAAUAAGAAAUUAAGAAAAUACAUUUACAUCUUGCAGGAGGAGCAGGCCAACACUCACAUGUCCAGACUGAGAAAGGUUCAGCAUGAGAUGGAGGAAGCUCAGGAGCGCGCUGACAUUGCUGAGUCCCAGGUCAACAAGCUGAGAGCCAAGAGCCGUGAUGUUGGAAAGGUAACCACUUAACUUAUUAAAUAUAUAUUUAGUGGGCACUGGGCCUUUAAUACCAAAAGUAAGAGCUGAAUAAUAAUUUAUUUUGCUUUUUUCCAGUCCGACAGUGCUGAAUAG